GAGAGACUCACAGGCGGGGCUUUCCACUGUUUUCUUCCGGGACAUGAUUGUCACCAGAAAUGGCUUCUCUUGACAGGGUAAAGGUCUUAGUUUUAGGAGAUUCCGGGGUGGGAAAGUCUUCUUUAGUCCAUCUGCUAUGUCAGAACCAGGUUUUAGGAAAUCCAUCAUGGACUGUUGGCUGCUCUGUAGAUGUACGGGUUCAGGACUAUAAGGAGGGAACCCCAGAGGAGAAAACCUACUACAUUGAACUGUGGGAUGUUGGAGGAUCUGUUGGCAGUGCUAGCAGUGUCAAAAGCACCAGAGCUGUCUUUUACAAUUCAGUUAAUGGGAUUAUAUUGGUGCACGAUUUGACAAAUAAGAAAUCCUCUCAGAAUCUCUACCGCUGGUCACUAGAGGCUUUGAACAAGGAUUCCUCUCCAACAGGAGUCAUUGUCUCAAAUGGUGACUAUGACCGAGAGCAGUUUGCUGAGAACCCAGUGCCUUUGUUGCUGAUUGGCACCAAGUUUGACCAGAUCCCAGAGAACAAACGCAAUGAAGUUCUCACCCGGACGGCCUUCUUGUCUGAGGACUUCAACGCAGAGGAGAUCAAUCUCGACUGCACCAACCCAAGAUACCUUGCUGCAGGCACGUCAAAUGCAGUGAAACUUAGCCGAUUCUUUGAUAAGGUAAUAGAGAAGAGAUAUUUCACAAGAGAUCCAAGUCAGAUGACGGGUUUCACAGACAGAAAACGGUUCAACUUCAAAAGUUUGCACUAUGACUGAAAAACUGUGAACACAACAGCAGUUUUCUGUGGUUUGACAUCCUUUUACAACACAAUUCAACCAUCACACUCACUCACAUACUUUCGAUACCUGCCUCCCAGCAAACCCCCCACCUACCCACCACGUAUUGACUGCUAUUUCUCCUUCAUGAAAAUCAUUCCGAAUGUGUA